AUAGUAGGCUCGCCAUGUGAAAGAGCCGCGAAAACGAAGUUUUCCUCGCUAGCAAGCCACCUGAUCGUCCCAAGUACGAGGCACAUGGCUAUACCAAGACCAAGUGACAAAGAAUUUGACCAUGCUGAGGGCCUCACGCUUGAUUUUGGUCCAUUUGAAACUGUUCACCGAUGGAGGCGCAUGCCGGAAUGUGACGAAUUUGUCGGAGCAAGACGGAGUAAACAUACAGUCGUUGCAUACAAAGAUGCAAUAUAUGUGUUCGGUGGCGACAAUGGAAAAAAUAUGUUGAAUGACCUUUUACGGUUUGACGUCAAGGACUGUUCCUGGGGAAGAGCUUUUACAACUGGUACUCCACCUGCAUCGCGGUACCACCACUCUGCUGUGGUAUUUAGUAACAGUAUGUUUGUGUUUGGUGGCUAUACUGGUGAUAUUUAUUCUAAUUCAAAUCUCCGAAAUAAAAAUGAUUUAUUGGAGUAUAAAUUCAACACUGGACAAUGGACUGAGUGGAGGAUUGAAGGACGCCUUCCACCAGCUCGUUCAGCUCAUGGUGCUGCUGUUUAUGAAGAGAAACUGUGGAUAUUUGCAGGGUAUGACGGGAAUACAAGGUUGAAUGAUAUGUGGACUCUGAAUCUAACAGGAGAACCCAAAGCAUGGGAGGAGGUACAGCAAUCAGGAGAUCAUCCACCAACCUGUUGUAAUUUCCCUGUUGCCGUAGCGAGGGAUACUAUGUUGGUGUUUUCAGGACAGAGUGGAGCUAAAAUUACAAAUAAUCUUUACCAGUUUUACUUCAAGGAAAGAAGGUGGAGAAAGAUUCCCACAGAACACAUCUUACGAGGCGCUCCCCCUCCACCACAGAGACGAUAUGGACACACAAUGGUAGCAUACGAUAGACAUUUGUACGUGUUCGGUGGCGCCGCUGAUAACACACUACCUAAUGAAUUACAUUGUUAUGAUCUUGAUAGUGAAACAUGGCAGGUUAUAAUACCAUCUCCGGACAGUCAGAUACCCAGCGGAAGGCUAUUUCAUGCCGCGGCUGUAAUUAACGAUGGUAUCUUUAUCUUUGGUGGAACUGUCGAUAAUAACAUAAGAAGUGGAGAAAUGUACAGAUUUCAGUUCUCUUCUUAUCCGAAAUGUACGCUGAGAGAUGAUUUAGGUAGAUUGCUGGAAAGCCAUCAGUUUGCAGAUGUUCAUUUUAUUCUUGGAAAGGCAAGUACCUUGUGUUUGUUGAAUUAUUCUGCUCUUAAUUACUGUUUAAUUACCAUAUUAUUGUAA